AUUUAUUUUUGGGGGUAGUAGUUGCCAUCGUUUCUUUCAUCAUCGGCCACCACCUUUCUUAAGAAAACAGCUCUUUUUUGCUUGCUUUAAUUUAUAGGGUUUAAAGAUAACUUUUUCCAAGUAGGCUGUGCAAGUCGCAACGCCUCCAAAUUCCACUAUAAAAUGAACUCCCAACUCAUCUGGAUUCUCUACCCUCGUGCCUCAGCAUUGCAGCAGCUUCCGACAGUCUCGCACAGAUUAUACAGUUAGAUAUAAAUCCUGAAAGCAAAAACCCUUCCCUGUUUAACCCUCUUCCAUCGCUUUUCCCUUUAGUUUUUGUUUGCAGACAUGUCUCUGCUCUCAGAUCUUGUCAACCUCAACCUCUCAGAUACCUCUGAGAAGGUUAUUGCUGAGUAUAUAUGGAUUGGUGGAUCUGGGAUGGACCUUAGGAGCAAAGCCAGGACUCUUCCUACCCCAGUGAGUGAUCCUCAAAAGCUGCCACAAUGGAAUUAUGAUGGUUCAAGCACUGGUCAAGCUCCUGGGGAAGACAGUGAAGUCAUCUUAUACCCACAAGCAAUAUUCAAGGACCCAUUCAGAAGAGGCAACAACAUUCUGGUGAUGUGUGAUGCCUACACUCCUGCUGGUGAACCAAUUCCAUCAAAUAAGAGAUUUAAUGCGGCAAAAAUAUUUAGCCACCCUGAAGUUGUUGCUGAAGAACCCUGGUAUGGGAUAGAGCAGGAGUAUACUUUGCUGCAAAAAGGUGUUAAAUGGCCAAUUGGGUGGCCUACUGGGGGUUAUCCUGGACCCCAGGGUCCGUACUACUGUGGUGUUGGUGCUGACAAGGCCUUUGGCCGUGACAUUGUGGACUCCCAUUACAAAGCCUGUAUUUAUGCUGGCGUCAACAUUAGUGGCAUCAAUGGAGAGGUGAUGCCUGGCCAGUGGGAAUUCCAAGUUGGCCCUGCUGUCGGUAUCUCUGCAGGUGAUGAGGUGUGGGUGGCUCGUUACAUUCUAGAGAGGACUACUGAAAUUGCUGGAGUGGUUCUAACUUUUGACCCUAAACCUAUCCAGGGUGACUGGAAUGGGGCUGGCGCACACACAAACUACAGCACCAAGUCCAUGAGAAAUGAUGGUGGUUUUGAGGUCAUCAAGAAAGCCAUUGAAAAUCUUAAACUGAGGCACAAGGAACACAUUGCUGCCUAUGGGGAAGGCAAUGAGCGCCGUUUGACCGGAAGACAUGAAACAGCCGACAUUAACACCUUCUCAUGGGGAGUGGCAAACCGUGGAGCCUCUGUUAGAGUUGGCAGAGACACAGAGAACGCAGGCAAAGGUUACUUUGAGGACAGGAGGCCUGCUUCAAAUAUGGAUCCGUAUGUUGUCACUUCCAUGAUUGCUGAGACAACCAUCCUCUGGAAACCUUGAGACUGGAGACUUGAAUGCGGAAAACCACCAUUUCUUGCCUUCUGGUUAAUGUUAUGGUUUUUUACCUCAAUAUUUCUAUCUUAUUUAUGGGAAACAUUGAUACAUACCUGCUAGUAUUCCUUACCAGCUGGCUUUAUCUUAGUGGUAGUUCCGCAACGCGUACGGUGUCUUGGGAAUAGUACUUCCUCUUUAUAUUUUCCCGGAAUUUGCUGGCAAUAAUACAAUGGCAUCAAAACUGGAAUGGUCCUUU